GGAAGAACCUGGAGGCCGCCAUGUUGGAUGGAACAGUAGAUUACCCAGCAUGCCCCUGAGUCUCGCGAGAAAGGACGAGAAAGAACGUGAACUCGCCGGAAGGACCCGGAUGUAGCUAGAUGUGAAGAAAUGGCGGAGGCUCACAGGAUGGACGAUGUGGCACGAACCCCGCCCGCAGCACCCAACAUUCAGAAGGUUUUCAUCCAGCGGGAUUUCUCCGAAGGUACAGGCUGCAAGUUCCAGUCCAAGUUUCCACCAGAACUGGAAGGGAGGAUAGAGAGAACAGCGUUUGAAGCCACGAUCACCAGAAUCAACGAGUUGUUUGGCGAAGCAGAGCGCGUGGGAGGAGCCACUUACUGCGAGGGGUGUAUGGGGUGUUUGACGGCAUACCUCAUCUAUCUUUGUAUCGACACACAUUAUGAAAAGGUUCUGAAGAGGAUAGCCCGGCACAUCCAGGAGCAGAAUGAGAACAUUUACAUCCCCAGAGGCCUACAACUGGUGGAUCCCAUCGAACGAGGGCUCAGAGUUCUUGAAAUCGUUAUUUAUGAUUCUCCAGUGGGGAGAUAGGACAGCCGACAUGCAGCAAGACACAUCCACAUUAACUAAGCAGUUUGUUAUACAUGUAAUAGGAAUUCUAGACCUUGAUUUGGCCAGUGUCCUCCAUGCACAAUUAUAGGUGUCAUUAUCCCUUGUGCACAAUCAACUGAUGUCAUCAUCAUUUGUGUAUAAUCUGUAGGUCCUGGUGUCAUCAUCCUUUGUGCACAAUUAUGUAGUGUCAUCAUAAUUUGUGCACGAUCAUUUGGUGACACCAUUAAGAUUUGUGUACACUCUUGAAAAUGUGUCAUCAUCCUUUGUGUGCUAUCAUUUUUUUUGUGUCAUCAUUAUUUGUGCACAAUCAUUUGGUGUCAUCAUCCUUUGUGCACAAUCUUUUAGUGUCAUCGUCCUUUGUGUACAAUCAUUUGGUGUCAUUGUCUUUUGUGCACAAUCAUUUGGUGACACCUUUAAGAUAUGUGUACACUUUUAAAGGUGUCAUCAUC